AUGACAAAGCUGCUGAACGUCUCUCACAAGAACGUAGUAGUUCAAACCGACACAAAAUACUGUACCGAAUCAAUUUUUCGACUCCGUAAUAAUAUGUUUAAUAGAGGCGGUCUUUAAUUACCUUAAAAUUAGUAGCAGUGCUGCAUUAGAGUACCGUAUCGGUGACGUACCUUUCGUGUAGUGCACUCACUGAGCACCGAAAAUGUUCUCUGGACUCACGAACCAGGUCACUUCGUGGAUGGGCAAUGUUAAGGGGGAUCACGAAGAGAAGGUACCAACCCCCACGGAGGAAAGUAACGUGCUCCUAAGUCCCGAUAAAAAAGAUGCAGGAAGCCCCACAAAAGCAGCUGGAGGUGGCAAACUAGACAUGUUGUCCAACGUGAAAACCCAGAUAGAAGGUAUAGGCGGCUGGCUUGGAUCUAGCAUUCCGAAGUUACGCAAAGGCGAGGAGGGAGGUAAUAUCAACGAAGCGGGCGAAGACAAUUUAGCUGUCGAAGACGCCACUUUGGCAUCGGCGGAAUCCGUAAAAGGUUCCCCGAUGCAAAAAGACGACGACGACAAUUCAAGGAAUUAUAGUGCUACCGGAGGUGCAGAUUCUGGUCCACAGUCCGCCGCCGAAUCACCAACCGAAGAGAAAGAAGGUCAAUUCGGAAAUGUACAAAGUAAAGCCUUGGCUGGUGCAAAGUCCUUCGGAAAUUUCCUCUACUCCGCUGUUAACAAGGCCGGCAAAACCGUUAGUGAAGCUAGUGCUAAGAUCAAAGAAACUGUAGAAAAGAAUAGUAUUUUAGGUGAGUUCAACAAAGAGCAGGAGGCGUUCAUGAAGGGCCAGGCCAACAACAGCGCCACCGCCGUACCCCCAUGGUCCGGCUGCUCGAACGAAGAGGCCCUGAAGGAUGAGUGCUUGAGCUUAUCAACUGACAAAAGGAAUUUCGUUAGGAGCCCGCCAGCUGGCGUAGAUUUCCAGUUCGACUAUGAAGUGUCUUAUCCAGUUGCAAUGGCCAUAAUGGAACAAGAUCCUAACUUGGAGAAAAUGCGCUACGAACUUGUGCCUAAAGUAAUAACUGAAGAAAACUUUUGGAGGAAUUACUUCUACCGUGUAAGCCUAAUUUGUCAAGCAAAUGAAUUGUCCUUCAUGUCCAGGGAAGGUGACAGCCAUUCGGCAACAGAAACUGUGACAUCAGAUCAACCCUUAGUAGAUAGUGCAAGUAAAGAUACGCAUGAGUUUGUAUCUGAUACCUUACAAGCGACCACUGAAGAUUUAGUUGAGGUACAAGAAGGGAUGAAAAAAUUAGCCAUGGGAUCCAAGACGAAAGAAGAAGAUUGGGAGCGAGAAUUAGAAGCUGAACUACAAGAUUACGAACUAGUUGGCGACCAGAAAACAGGAAAUCCGAAAAACGAUAACUGGGAACAAGAGAUAGAGGAAAUACUUCAAGAAGAGACGGACCUCAAAUAAGGUCCGUCCAUCCAACGGCUCUAUGUACUUAACUGAUAUUGACUGAUAUUACAUUCCAAAUUAAAUUUGAUUGUAAUUAUGGUUCUAGUCAUAUUUUAUACUAUGGUCUAAGUUUGACGAAGUAUUUGGUAAAACAUUUAUGAAUUACUACUUUAGGAUAGUUUUAUUUUCUUUGCAUUUGAUUCAUUUGAACAAUAUGAACGAGAACUCGAGAAAAUGAAACAGCCUAAUUUUAAUCCUAAUUAUUACGCACAUUAAAACUGCGACCUUAAAUUAAUUUAACCCUAAUUUCUUUAUAUGUACUAAUUGGAUACCAAAGGCUAUAAUCAUUUCUAUGUAUGUCUAACAUUCCCUUUUCUAGUGUUAUCUAAAUAAAAUAUUUUGGGUCCUCACCUAUGUGUCUAUAUGUCUCUAAAUAAAGUAAAAUUAUCACAUAAUAUUAAAUACAUUUGCUCUUAGAUAAGUUGUUAAAGUCUCUUCUUUCUAUAGUACCUUUUGUAAAUAUUUCAUUAUUGUUGUGUUCCACUAUGUUCCAGUUUAGUUAUCUCGCCGAUUUUGAGGAAUUUUAAUGUUGUUGUACAAACUCAUAUAUGUGUACAGUUCAUGUCACUGUACAAUAUAAACAAAAAUAGUGACGGUUAAUUUUAAAUGUCAAAAUCGGAAUUAACAUAUUUAGCAUUGAUUUCCAAUCACCACUUAAUGUUUUAUCUUUUUUGUAUAUAUUCAAAAUAUAUGUAAUUAUUUGAAAAAUGUAAUAUAUAUACAUAAAAUAUUUUAUUGCUGUUAUAUUUUAUUGUGUUACCGGUGACGACCUAGUCAAUUAUACUACUCACAAUACAUAUCCUCAUUGCGAUAUUUCACACACAGAAGUUCAUACUCAAAAUACUCGUGCAACCUCUCAGUUUAAUAUUAAGGUUUAAGAGAUGGAUGUAAAGAGAAAGGCUUCUCCCAACUGGGUCGUUACUGUUUGUUGCAUUACUUUCAGAUAAUUAGUAUUUAUAGCAUUCUAGAAUAUAGCUUUUGUGUGUUAAGCAUGUUUAGCUUGUAUUCUAAUUGUUAUAUACAGUUGUUAAAUAAAUGUAGCAAAUGUGCCCACAA